GUCAACGCAGUCAUCAGACAGGUCAAACCCAUUCGAUGCUCAGGCAAAUAAAUACGAGUGUCUUACUCAGCCAACUACAGUCUCCCUCCCUCACUCAGAUGUAUCCAUGGGCGCCACCCCGCCAUCAUCCCCACGGUCAUCCCGUCCCCCUUCGCCCUCCACAUUCCUCUGGCCCAUCUGUUGAAACGCCGCCUGGGGGAUCGCCGUGUUGUGGUUGUUGCCCUCCCGCGCCAGCCCGCCCGCUCUCCUUCUGAAGAGCGGUGGGUCAGAGCGCACAAAGGGGGGCGAAGAUGGGUUGCUCAAUGCGCCGAGCCGCUCGCCCAUUUUGUGGGCCGCUCUCUCGAUGGCCGGCUGCACGUCGGUGAGGGGAAUGCGUGUGUCCGGGGGUGGGAAUGCUGGGAGUGGGGGAGAGAGGAGGGGGUGCGAGCAUGACGACGGUGUGGACGACAGCACCAGCUGAGGAGGGAGGAAGAACGCGUCAGUGAGCGAGAGACAUCCCCAUGCGCAGCAAAAGUGUGUGUGUACCUUUGUCGCGUCCGAUCUGAAGUGCCAUAUGUGUUGGCUCCUCUCAUGCCACUGCCACUCGACAUUUCGCGCCAUCAGCCACCAGUCCCACCCACCAUCCUCAUCGCUGCAAACCGGCAGAUGCCGCGUGACGUCCCAUGGCAGCUGCGACGACGAUGCCUCGUCUGAUGCAGAUGCAGCCGCCGGUCGGUGUGAGAGGACGGAUGUGUGUGGGGGGCUUUGGGUGUGCUGUGGGCUGGGGCUGGUGGGGAUGGUGGGGGCGUGAGUGACGAUGGGCCUCACGAGGCGCUCCAGUUGCCUGACAGCAGAGACAGAAGGUGUCCUGUCCGUUGGUCGACGGCAACGUACUCCUUUGCUCUUGUGGGUUCUUCUGUGGCCUUGACGGUGAGCUCACACAAAGCGCCGCUGCUGCACAACAAACCUAUCUGCAGACAGACAGACAGGCAGACAGGCAGGCAGGAGACACACGCGGACGUCACAAGUGUGGAUGGGAUGGGUGGUCACACAGAUGCACACAUCACAUGGCCAACCUUGACUGUCCACUCAAAGGCAGAUGAGCCGUCACCCUCCUGCCGCCCAAACCGGCUCUCCUGCACACACAGACAGAGAGAUACACAGUAAGUCAGACAUCAAGACCGCUCCUCUCUCUGCGUACCUUACCUGUUUCUGCACCUGCGAUACGCACACGGGUAUGCCGAUGAGGUCAUACCAAUGGCCCUUGACCAAGCCCAACUCGUCCGGUGCGGCAGGGGCGCGCAGCUCCCCCUCCCAGUGCCGGCCCCAGUGCUCCAGAUCCACCACAGAUGAUGUGUCGUCACUGUUGUCGGUGUCAUCCCCUCCGCUGCCCCGGCCCGUGACGGUCAGUAUGUGUGUGAGCGACAGGAGUGGGGCGAAGCGGAGGGCGGGGAGGGAGGAGGGGUUGACGGACAGCUGGGGCGCCACGAAGGGGUCGAGGAGGCUGCCCUUGCCGGGACGAUGCUCGCCAGCGACGUUAAACCGCGUUCUGACACCCACCCCCACACAGCACAGAAAAGUCCAUCCAUCGUCCGUCCCCCCAGUGUGUGGGUGUGUGUCCCUUCUCUGUGCCACCUGUUUUUGCCGUGCAUCUUGCCGUAGAGUCUGAUGGGUGGGCGAGUCUUGAGCCGUGACCCACCGGCACUCGCGGCCGACGGCGGGGCGAAGUAGUGCUGUAUUGGCCUCAGACACGACAGGCGCAGGCGGUGCCCAGUCUUGAUGCCCUGAUGGGGCUCCUCGCCAUCCAGCUGAUGGAUCAACACACAGCGGUGAUGGUGCUUAUCAGAAUGGAUGGAUGGGGCCUUACGUUUGAGAUUGUGAUGAGGGUCAUGUUGUCGCACAGCUUGGCGAGCUCGUCCUGCCUGUCGAUGCACUUGUCGCGGAGACCACCGCCACCAGCAGCAGUCCACUGGAGGGCUAUGCGUGUGUCGAUGGCGAUGAAGGACACCUGCGAGGCCACCUCGUUCGCAUGCUGAUGCGUCAUCGACUCGAUACGCUCUGCGCGCCCAAACAGAGACAGACAGACAGACAGGGAGGGGUGGGUGGGGAUGUGGGGGUGUAGGGCGGGUUGGCUGGCUCACUUCGCAUCUUCUCCUGGAGGUCGUGGCUCUUCUUCUCCAGCCGCCUGAUGCGCGCCUCUUCUUUGGCCUCCUCCUUGGCCUUCUCUUUGGCCUCCUUCUUUGCUUGCUCGUCCAUCUCCUCCUCCUCCUCCUCAUCAUCACCACCACCACUGUCCUCAUUGCCUUCCUCGUCGCUGUCGCUGCCGUUCUGCUCGCGCCUGUCUUCCUCCUGUACGGCGGCCUCCAUCUCCUCCAAGCACUCGUCACCCACCUCCUCACGCACACGCUCGCACUCCUUCUCCCAUUGCUGACAUACAUGGGCAGACAUGGGACACUGGUGCGUGUGUGCAGGGAGGGCUGGUUGUGGUUGUGUGUGGGUCGUCGCUCACAUUUUCUUUCUCGGUUUGUUCUGAGUCUGUUCUGAGUAUGAAGACCGGCUUGGCGGCUACCUCGGCGUUGCCCUCGCUCGCACGGCCUCGCAGGUACUCACUGACACAAGAGACAGACACACACGCAGGAGAGAGAGAAGCGAUUCUUCCGUGUGUGUGGUGUGUGGGAUGUGUGGGGCCCGUGCUCGUGGGUUUCUCUCACCGGUGUGCGAGUGGGAAGACGGCAAGCACCACCACGUCGACCAGCUCAACCUUCCCACCGCCAGCCAUGAUCUCUGCGCCCACCCCACCCCAACACACACACACACACAUGUCAUGAGUCAUGAGAACCGUCCCGCUUUCCGCCCCCCACAUCACACACACCCAUUUCUCACCCUCGACAGACUGUAUCAUGGGCCCGGUGGCUUUCCGUCUGCCGAGUGGGGUCGACUGAGGGAUCGGGUGCAUGGCGUGGUAGUGGAUCUUGAGCGCACACUCGGCCGGCAGGUCCAGCGGGGGACACGGCGGGCCGCGGUUCUCCAAGCACGCACCAGACACCGCCACACGGAAGACCUUACACAACACAUGAAGUGGAUGGAGAUGGAUGCAUUCAAGCUGGCGUGGUGUGUGGUGUGGUGUUCACUGACAUGGUAUAUUGACUUGACGAUUUCCUGGGUGUGCUGGUCGGCCAGGCUGCCCUUCAGGAGGUACCAGCCGUCGGUGGCGUAGACUGUCGGCAGCAUCUGGCCCUCACCGUAAUGCAGGUGGAGGUCCAAGACCAACGGAAUGCCCGCUGGCUCGUCACCUGGACACACAUCAGCGCCACACACAGCCACAUACCAUACGUGUGUGUCUCCCUCCAUCUCUCUCUCUCUCUCUCUUGUCGCGUCUGUCUUGCCUUCUGCGAUUUGUUUGAUGGGCGAUCGAUAGCCCUCCCGCUCCUUCUUGGCCCGUGCAUGCAGCCACUCGAGCAGCCGCCUCAGCCGAUGGGUGGGCGGGGGGUGGCGCUCGAGCAGCGAAGAGAGGGAGACGGAUGAAUUGGCGGUCACCAGCCGACGCAGCUGAAAGGAAAACAAAAACACAGAAGAUGUGUGUGGUGUGCUUGAAGGAGGGUUUGUGGGCGUGGUUCUCACCUUCUGCCGCCAACGUCUGCAUGCGUAGAAGACGGUCAGGCGCCAGUGGUUGUGGAACCACUUGGUGUCAAACGGCUCGCAGGCCUCGGCAGCCGUCUUCCUGUCAAGUCCAUCCACACCCAACGCGUCACGCAGACCCUUCCUGCACACCACACCACACCGCACCAUCACACACACAUCCGAUGGAUCGAUGACACAGUCACGUGUGCCGAGCUGCCGUCCGCACCUGAACAAUGUGAAGACCUGUUUCCACCCCAUCCACUCGCCGCCCUCCCCAUCCUUGACCACACACGUCUCGGCGGUGGUCAGCCGCACACACUCCGCCCCGGGCGCACUCCGCACCUCACCCUCACUCAAAGCAGCCACCGGCUCCAUCUGCAUGUCCUCCUCUACCCCUUCCCCCUCAACAUCCCCAUUACCGUCUCCCUCUCCCUCUCCCUCCGUCUUGUCUGUCUUGUCGGUCAGCCGGCUCACCCCAACCCCCCUCCCUGCCCCUGCCCCUGGUGGCGCUGUGGCCACCCUGCUGUGCAGCCCGCCACGAGCGAAUGGAGGACGAAAUGGCUUCGUCCCGCGUCCACCUCUCCCUCUCAUCAUCGGUGGACGAUGCAGCGGACGGACGCCCAAUGGACGUAUCUGCGGUGGGCGAAAGGCGCGUGGCGCCGACAAGGGCUGGGGUGGUGCUUGCUUGGGUAAUGCGGGGGCGGGGGCGGGGGCGGGGGCGGGGAGGGGGAGAGGUGAGCUGCCGUUGCCCUUGUUGUCGUCAUCGUCAUCGUCAUCGAAGAUGGCCUUGACCUUGGCCAUGGCGGCGUCGCUGACUGCGACGGGCUUGAAGCCCCCUCCCUUUGUGAAGCCGCCAAGGACGGCUGGGCGGCCUACUGCUGGUGGCGAAGGGAGAGGGGCAGGGAGAGGUGGAGGGAGCGGGGGAGGUCUCGACGGUCGGCUGUCACUGCCCAUCUCAAUGCUCAUCCGCCCGUUGCUGUAAUCGUCGUCCUCGAGCAUGGCCGCGCGCCGCUUGCCCAUACCGGUGCUGAAUUCUCCCAUCGACGCUGCAGCCCCACUGGGGAGAGGGGGGGGCGGAGGGCCGGCAGCAGCAGAUGCGGCAGAAGUGGCGGCAGCAGGGUCGUCAAUGCCAUCGAACAAGUGCGCCAAACGGUCGCGGUUCUUGGCCGACAUCUGGAUGUUGAGUUGAUUGCCCUUGCCGGUGGUGAAGCCCAUCGGACGGGGGAAGGAGGGAGCGACGAAUGCGGGCGGGGGUGGGGGCGGGGGAGCCACAGCAUCCAUGUCGUCAUCGUGCUCAUCCAUCUGUCUUUGGUUGUCUUGUUUGGAUGGCCGGCUGUCGCUGCCCAUCCCCAUCCGCCCGUUGCUGCGGUCGUGGUCCUCAAGCGCAUUGAUGGCCGGUGGCUUGUCCAUGCCGCUCCUGAACCCACCCAUCGACGCGCCACCCGCAUUGGGAGGACGGGGUGCCGCAGGGCCGGCAGCGGCAGCAGGAUUGUCGAUGUUGUCGAACAGAUGCGCCAAACGGUCGCGGUUCUUGGCCGACAUCUGGAUGUUGAGUUGAUUUCCCUUGCCGGUGGUGAAGCCCAUCGGACGCGGGAACGGAGCAGCGACGAAUGCGGGUGGAGGUGGGGGCGGCAUGUCGUCCAUGUUGUCAUCAUCUUGCCCAUCCAUCUGGUCGGCAGGCGGCUCGGGGUCGUCUUGUUUGAGUGGCCGAGAGUGGCGGGUCGAGGUGACGUUCUGGAGCAGACCUGCCUUGGCGGCCCCCUCGAUGACCUCGUCAGGGGCCAGCAGGCGGGUCGACGGCGCACCCACGGCAGCACGAAUCUUCUGAAGGGCAGGGUUGUCCACACACUGAAAGAAAGAGAGAGAAGAGCAGAAGGGAACAGAACAUUGAUAUGAAAGCUGUGUUGGUGGACCGGUAUGCAUUUGCCCGACGCGGUGAGGAAAGAGAAGCUCUUGGGCAGCUUGCGAGCCGCUCCCUCACCAGGCCGCUCCUCGCCCUGCCUCCGGCUGUCCUCACCCACCAGAAACGCCUCGACCUCCUCUUGAGCCGCCCCGUCGUCCAUCCUCUCACCCACACCCACACCGCCCACAUAGAAACCCUUCACUGACACAUCACGGCUGACACCACCACCCUCGGCCCCAUCAUCCCCCUCCUUCGAUCGCCGUUUCUUGGCCGCUUUCGACGGCCCCCCUUGGUCGCCCCCGUCCGCCCCAUCCCCUUCUCCCUCUCCCACUGCGUCAUCAUGCUGCUUCCGCUUCGCUUUCUUCAUGUUGUAGAAUGACGACCUCGCGCCCCUCGGCCGCUUCCCGACGAUAUUCGGGCGGCCACCUCUGAGGCCCCUCUGAUAGAGCCCGGCAACGGUGCUCUUGACGCGGUCGCUCCGUGUCUGCUCGUCCUGCUGAUUGCUGCCCAGAGGCUGCUCCUUGCGAGGCGAUAACUUCAAGGGCCGACCACCACUGCGGCGAGAGGGGACGGAUGGCGAGCGAUUUGCUACCGCGCUCUUGCGUUUGCGUAUCUGACGGGAUGACGGUUGUGAGGGCGGCGCGGGGCUUGCGUGUGGCGGUGAGGGAGAGGAGCCUGGCCGAGGGAGAGCAGCAGAUGCGGGCGAUGUGCGGACCACGGGUGAGCGGGAAGGUGCAGGCUCUUCACGGCUCUCGGCAGGUGGAGCGGGAGGGCUCAGGAAGGAGUCUUGAAUAUAUGCCUGGAGCUGAGGGUCUGCAAGAGAACAGAAGGCGUGGACAUUCAGGUGACCUUGCCGUUGGCGCUGUUUUGUGGUGGUGUACGCCUCACCUUGGCAGAUCUCUUGCCAUGCGGCUAUUCCAUCAUCACUUGGCAAUGCGAAGAAGUCGAUGUGCGCCCCAUCUCCUCCUUCGUCCAU